AUCCAGGUCUUCCUUUGGUCGCCGGUGGAGCUGCUGAAACUGAGGGCCCAGUUGCAGACAGCGACUCCUGGGUCGGCGGGGUACCGGAACCCGGCAGCUCUGGCGGCACAAGUCCUCCGACAGGACGGAGUCGCGGGUCUCUACCGGGGAUUUACGUUGACGGUGGUUCGUGACGUGCCGUCGUACGCCAUGUACUUCUGGCUCUACCACGACAUUGCUGCCGCCCUGUCCCCCGGGUUACAUCCGGAGGCAGCGCCACCGGGGACACAGGGGCAGGUGGUUGCUGGCGGGCUGGCUGGAGUGAUCGCCUGGCUGCCCAUCUACCCGCUGGAUGUGCUCAAAACACGUGUCCAGGCAGAUGUAAAGGGGUUUGUGUGUGUGGGGGGGAGAGGCUGGUACUCGUGCUGGAGGCUGAUGUAUCGCGAGGCUGGUGCACGCGCCUUUUUCCGCGGCGUGGCCCCCACCCUGGUGCGGGCCUUCAUGAUGGACGGCGCGAGCUUCCUGGGCUACACCACGACGCUCAAGCUGCUCGGCGGC